UUUGGUAAGAGAAGCACUCACUCUCACUCUCACUCUCACUCUCACUCUCACUCUACAAAACAUCCGCGAGAGAGAGCUCAGAGCAAAAUCACUGUUCUUCUUCUUCAAGGCAGACACUCAGAUUUGGGCGAAAAAACAAUGGCCCAUACGCCUAUAUUUCGAAAAUGCUUAUCUCUUAUUCUUCUUGUUUUUGCUCAUUUCGCUUCGCAAAUCCUAGCUGAUGAUGGAUUGGUGGCGAACGGUGAUUUCGAAACAAUCCCAAGUGGCGGGUUCCCAAACGACGGAGCAAUAGAAGGACCCACCGCAAUUCCAAGCUGGACAUCAAACGGCACUGUUGAGCUGGUAGAGUCUGGCCAAAAACAGGGUGGGAUGAUCCUCAUUGUACCUGAAGGUAGACACGCAGUGAGAUUAGGGAACGACGCCGAAAUAAGCCAAGAACUUAAGGUGGAGAAAGGGGCGCUUUACUCAGUCACCUUCAGCGCCGCUCGCACCUGCGCCCAGCUCGAGUCCCUCAACGUGUCGGUGCCACCUUCAUCACAAACCAUAGACCUUCAAACCUUGUACAGCGUCCAAGGCUGGGACCCUUACACUUACGCCUUCGAACCCGAGGAGGAAACGGUGCGUUUAGUCUUCCGUAACCCCGGCAUGGAAGACGACCCCACCUGUGGCCCCAUCAUUGACGACAUUGCUAUCAAGAAAAUUUUUAUUCCUGAUAGACCUAAAGACAAUGCGGUGAACAAUGGAGAUUUCGAAUCCGGUCCAUGGAUGUUCAGAAACGGUUCGCUUGGCGUGUUGAUCCCAACGAAUUUGGACGAAGAAACGUCGUCGUUACCGGGUUGGAUCGUGGAAUCAAACCGGGCGGUCCGAUACAUUGAUUCGUACCAUUUUAAUGUCCCACAAGGAAAACGAGCCAUCGAAUUGCUUUCAGGGAAGGAAGGCAUCAUCUCUCAAAUGGUUGAAACAACGCCUGAAAAGCCGUACACCAUGACAUUCUCUUUAGGCCAAGCCGGAGAUAAAUGCAAGCAGCCACUUGCCGUAAUGGCGUUCGCCGGAGAUCAAGCUCAGAACUUCCACUACACCGGCCCCGAUUCCAACUCCUCGUUCCAAAGUGUGAAUCUGAAUUUCACGGCGAAGGCCGAUAGGACGAGGAUUGCUUUCUACAGUGUUUAUUACAAUACAAGGACUGACGAUAUGAGUUCUCUGUGUGGCCCAGUCGUGGAUGAUGUUAGAGUUUGGUUUUCUUCCUCUUGUAGAAAUGGGCCUGGAUUUUGGGCUUUCGGUGUUGGGCUUGGGCUUUGGUUACUUAUCUGGGCCUUGGUUUAGGGAAUUGGUCGGUUUUACCCUUGUGUAUGGGCUUGGAGUUGUGGAACGGGAAGAAGUAAGAAAGAAUGAAGCAGUCCCUCUACCCCCACCAAAAGCAAGCUUUAGUUUGCACUUUGCAUUGGGUGUUUUGCUUUUAAAAUUUAAUUUUGGUAAGUUAUGUUAGCGUUGGUGAAUCACAAUAUUUUAAAGCAAUUUAAAUACUUUUGAUCACCCA